GCAGGGGAAAGGGCUUCUCUCAGUGAUAUUCAUUCGGUCUAUGUGCUGUCAACCAAAGACCUUGGUGCGGGUUUUCCAGAUGCGGAGGAGACCUGGGACUGGUCAGCAAUUGAAAGCUCUUUGGGCUUCUUCCUCACACAGAGCUCUUCCCCUGGAGAAGGGGCGAGGUACCUGAGCAGGGCUGAGGGGCAGACUCCUGAGGAAUGGUGUGGCAACCUGGAGCCACUCAGGCCUUUCCCAGGGACAUCAGGGAAGAGGCAUUCCAAGAAAUCUGAGCGGGGUAGACACGACAAGAGGCAGUGCAGGCCACAAAGGCAGAGGAAAAAUCUGAUCAGAAAUGAGCCAGCAACCUCAGUAGGCCAUCAGAGGAGAUCCAGACCAUACCUAAAGCUUCCUGCAGAGGUUAAAGCUGAGCCCAGAAAGAGCCUAUUUACCUGUCGUGUGUGCAGAGAAGAAUUCAAGGUGCAAAGAGACCUGAUAAGCCACCACCGGAUGGUUCAUAGGAGACAGGAACUGUAUCACUGUAGUGAGUGUGGGGAGAGCUUUAGGAGAAAGAAGGAGUUCAGAGUACAUGGGAAAGCUCACAGAAAGAAGAGAGACCAUCCCUGUUCUGAGUGUGGGAAGAUAUUCCACCAAUUAUCGCAUCUCAUUGCCCACCAGAGAAUACAUACAGGAGAGAGACCCUAUUGCUGUGCUGAGUGUGGAAAAAGAUUCUUCCAUAUAUCAGCUCUUAACAUCCACAAGAGAGUCCACUCAGGAGAGAGACCCUAUGCCUGCGCUGAGUGUGGAAAGCGAUUUAUGGAUUCAUCAACAUUUCGUAAUCAUCAGGCAAUCCACUCAGAAAAGAGACCCCAUCGCUGUAACCAAUGUGGGAAAGGCUUCAAAGUUAUAUCAAGUCUUACUAGACACCUGAAAAUCCACAGCGAAGAGAGACCGUUCUUGUGCCAUGAGUGUGGGAAAAAAUUUUGUCUACGAGAACAUCUGAUCAGACAUCAGAGGAUCCACACUGGGGAGCAGCCCUAUUGCUGUGCUGAGUGUGGGAAAAAAUUCAGUCUCCUUCAAAGUCUCAGGAGACACCAGGAAACCCAUAUUACGGGGAGACUCCAUCGCUGUGCUGAGUGUGGGAAAAUAUUCCGUCAUCCAGAAAAUCUCUCUAGACACCAGAGAGUCCACACUGGGAAACUCCAUCGCUGCACUGACUGUGGAAAAGGCUUUGUCUAUAUACAUCAUCUCAAGAGCCACCAGAGAAUCCACACUGGAGAGAAACCCUAUUGUUGCACUGAGUGCGGGAAAAGUUUCACCCAAUUGUCAGGCCUCACCAACCACCUGAGAAUCCAUUCAGGAGAGCGACCCUAUCCCUGCACGCAGUGUGGGAAGCGCUUUGCUCACUCAUCAUCUCUCACUGAACAUCUGAAAAUCCAUUCAGGAGAGCGACCAUAUUCCUGCAUUCAGUGUGGGAAGCACUUUGCUCGCUCAUCGUCUCUUACUCAGCAUCAGAGAACCCACCCAGGAGAGCGACCAUAUUCCUGCACUCAGUGUGGGAAGCGCUUUGCUCGCUCAUCAUAUCUUACUAAACACCAGAGCACCCACUCAUGAUAGAGGCUCCUGACCCUUGUGUUCAAUGGAGGGAACCUCUUCAAUCUCUCACUUCACCCUGUUCCCAAAGCCUGUAAAAGAGGGAGAACUUGCUCCCACUCUGAAAUGUUCCCACCGCUGCACUAAGUAGACACGAGUUUAGGUGCUGGGUUUGUUAAAAUAAUUUGUAUGGUCCUGGAGAUGGGAGCAUUUAAGCCAAGAGGUACUGAAACAUUGCAUUGUGGGCAUUAUGGGCUGCAGCUAAGAGAGAGAUGACUGGAGCCAAGACUGCACUUUGUAGGUCCUGGUUUCUCCCAAGCCAUUUGUCCACUGCGGCUCCCAUCCUCUCAGGCUCCACCAAUUGAAGUAAUUGUUUUAUUUCUUCUGGGAUUUUUCUGUUUGGAAAAAGGAAUAAUGGGUAAAGAUUCUGGCAAAGACUGAAAAGGAGCUUUCAUCUCCAUAGUUAAUGAAAGAUUGUGACAUCCCCUGUGUGCCCCUCAUAGUACUGAAUCAAAAGGAAGGUUGUUUUGAUUUGGCUUUGAGAGAAAAUUAUGAAGCAAGGUGUCCUGAUAGUUGGCUUCAUGCAGAAUGCAGCCAGGGUCCUGUCUUCACACCUAAUUGCCUGGCAAGCAAUACCAGCUAGGACCGGAAGGUUGGAAAUCGGAGUUUCCGGAUCAACAAACAGCUUGCCAUUUGGUUAUGGCCUGCCUUCCUUGUCAUGUUGAUGGUACAUGCAAAUGCUUGACAUCUAUGGAUGCUGCUGUCAUGAUUAGCGUGACUACAUCACUUACCCAUCAUCUGAUUCAUUGUGCCAUCAGAAGUCAUACACCAGAAAAAAGGCAAGGGCAGGGAUGAGAGAUGUCAGUUACUUCCUAUUAUAAUGGCUUUUUUUUUAAAAUAACUCAAAUUUGUGUUCCUGCAUGAGUUAGUGGCACUGUAAUGCCACCUAGGGCUUGUCUACACUAGAACUCAUCGCUUACCAGAACACUCAUCCACAUCCCUGUGCGAUGUAAAAUAUACUAUCCUAAGCACUGGUGUAAACUGAGCUAUGUUGAUGGGAGAGUUUCCCUGCCAACAUAGCCAUCGCCUGUCAUAGAGGUGGAGGUGUUCUGCUGACAGGCAAGCUCCCUCCCAUUGGGUUAGAGCGUCUUGAAUGCUAGCUUGGUGUCUUGAACACUAGCGGGAGCUGUAGCACUUCUAGUGUACAUUAGCCCUAACGCUUAGGGCUUGUCUACACUACCUGCUGUAUCGGUGGGCAGCAAUCGAUCCAGCGGGAGUCAACACCGGUACUCCACCAGAACGAGGAGAACAAGUGCAGUUGAUGGGAGAGCGUCAGCUAUAGACUUACCGUAGUGUCUUCACUGCGGUAAGUAGAUCUAAGUACAUCGACUUCGGCUACACUAUUCACCAUUGUUGAAGUUGUGGUAUCUUAGAUGGACCCCGUGCGGUAGUGUAGACAAGCCUUGACAGGUACCCGGAUCUCAGCCUUGACACCAAGUGGCAAGGAGUGCAGGAAAAUCUCUCUGGGCAACUUUGCUCUGCUUUGCAGGCUGGGACUCGGGUUUGCCACUUGUCUGUGUUUUCUGUAAACAACUUGUGGAGUUGCAGUCCCAGCCGAGAGUGUGACAUGGGUAUGAAACAUCUAGGGGUCAUGGGGCAAGGGCAGAGGUGGGAUCCUGCAUGGGAACAGGCAGCCCAGAGAGCAUUGUUUCAGGAGAGAGAAUCCUAAAUAGAGAGGGAGAGAAACUAAUCUCAGCAACAUCCACAGUUCAAACUGAGCAGCAGUACCGGGCCAUUGUCUCCCUGUUCCUCAAGCUGAGGUAAUUUGUGGCCAUUCUUCUCUGUCGGAAGGCGAUGAUGAGAUGGGACUUUAUGUCACUGUUGUCUCGUCGUUCCUGGAGGGAAUAAAAUAAUACAAGAGAAAUAUGAGUCUGAAAUGGCUGCACUGCCGUGUAAGUGAAGAUCUGCAAUCUUCCCUGCAGUGCUGACUUUAUGUUCCAGUCACUCUUGGGAGAUGAUGUUUGGGAGAAGCAUCCAUCCUGCCUUUCUUUCUGGAGCUGGUUAUGCCAGCUGCAGUUCAGCUCAGUUGUAAUCUCCUUUUAACCAUUAUUUCUACUGAAGAAAUGGGGGUGUAAGAACUCUGAAUGAGUUAAAAUCAUCCAGAAAACUCUGUGCUCAUGCUAAGCUUUAUUGUACAAAUUUACUAGUAGUUCAGUUGUUCUCACCUUUGUUCAUUGUGCAUGCGACAUCUGUCAGACACAAGAUGUAUGCUCUGUUAAGGUUUGCCAAAUAUGAACUGUGUGCGAGGUACAGUUGAUGCAAAUAUUUCUAUGGUUUUAUGCUACUUGUGUGCUAUGGCCUACUACUAGCUAAACUGCUGUGUGCAUAAUUAGAUAAGAAAAGGUGUGUAAGGUCUGCAGAAUCUGGACUUUUCUGUCUUGUAAAUGAGGAGAAUACAAAUAUGAGCAAAACUGAGCUCAUAGUUUGUAACAGAGUGAAGAGGUAUCUGCUGCAUAACAUUUCUCCAAAGCGGGUACAUACUUACCUUUCUGUAUUACUGUGACAGUCUGUAUCUCUGUGUUCACCGCUUACCAGGAUAAUGAUCAAUUUUGUACAAAGUAUGCCUUUUGAGGUAUUAAUUUAAAAUUCAUAAUGUGCUGAACAUUAUUGUCUUGUGAAAAUAUGGGAGGCAACAUUCUAUGUAAAGUUAUAUGAUUCUACUGUAUGAUGUUACUUAGACAUGUCAUAGUUCUGGAGAAAACCCACAGACCUGUUCUUCAGAGACAAAAAGGCAGACUGACCUCUCAGCCAAAUAGCAGCUAAAUCGAAUGGACUUUCACCUGGUUAAGUGGCUGUUAUUUGGUUAGGGGAAAGGGUGUGAGUGAGAAAUCUGCAUUUUAACAAAGGAACAGCUUAAGGUUUCCGUCUAGACAGACCGUAUGUCUCCUAAAAUUCGGCUGGGGAUGAUUCUUUCACAAGAGAAUGAACUAUAAGAAAGGGGAAGAGGUGCCCCCAAAUAGUCCUCUCUUUCUCUCUGCUCAUGGCAUCAAUGACACCUGAAAGACAAAGAAAGUAACACCUCACCUGGGGAGGGUCCCAAGCUGAAAGGAUUCCCGCCAAUAAAACUAAUACAAUAGGUGGUGAGAGAGACUUUUGUUUUGAAUCCAUUUAGCUAGUUACUUUAGAUAUUAGUUGUGUUUUACCUUUUAUUUUAUAACUAAUCCUGACUUUUAUGCCUCAUUUCUUGUAAUCACUUAUAAUCUUUUUUCUGUAGCUAAUAAACUUGUUUUAUUGUUUCAUCUAAAA